CUGAGACGUGUAAUAGCUUAGAUACUUGUAAAAAUUAUAUCAAACAAAAUAUACAAGAACAGUAUUUUAAAAUAUAAAAAAUAUUCUUUUAACUGAAAUGAAAUUUGAUUGAUACUAUAAAAAGGAAGAUUAAAUUAAAUUUAAUUAAAUAAGACAAUUUAUAUAUCUCUUCACAUUGAGAAAAGCAGUCUAUUCAGAUUAUCAUUUUCAAAUUUCAAGGUAGAUUAACGAUGGAUCCGCCGGCCAUCGCUGACCGACGAGAUGAUGACAUUGAGCUUGGUGGAGUGUCGGUGGAGAUGGCGGAGUCAGCAAUUGGCUCCUCCACCGCCGCGGCCAAUGAAUUAUCAUCAUCAUCAUCAUCACCGUCUGUUGAUGGUGGCGAUUCCGUUUCCGACCAAAUUACUCCGCUCUUAAGUCAAUCGCAGAGGCAAAAGGUCAACAUUUUCUCCCUCCCUUAUCCCCGGCGUAGGCCGGUUAAGGAACAAGUUACAAAACUAGCCGAAACAGAGAUUUCACCAUUUAUGCAGUUUGCCUUGUGGGUAUGGAAUGGCUCAAGGUACUCUGGUCUGCUGUGCAUGGUGGUAUCAUCUGUUAUCUAUUGCUUAAUGGAAAUUGUUUCAGAUGUUUUCACUGCUCAAUCGAUUCCUCUUUUUGAGAUGGCAUUUACAAGAUGUACUAUUAUCCUGGUCUUGUCAUUUGUGUGGUUGAAAAGAAGCAGACAACCUAUAUUCAGUACAACAUCUAGUGUCAGAAAACUGCUGGUUUUAAGAGCAGUCAUGGGAUAUCUCUCAUUGUUGAGCUUUGUGUACAGCAUCCAGAGAGUUCCUCCAUCACAGUCUAUCAUACUGAGCUUUACUACCCCAAUUAUGGCUGCUAUUGCGGCAAGGUUUAUAUUGCAUGAGAAGUUAAAGAUUGCUGAAAUAGGAGGUCUUGCGUGCAGUUUCUUUGGCGUGCUUUUUGUUUUUCGGCCAAUCAUCAACUUACCAGGUCCGAUUGAAGCUGGAGAUGCAAAUGCCUUAUAUGCGACGGGCAGCUCUCACAUUUUGGCAGUUUUAGUUGGUUUAUUUUCAUCAACUAUUGGUGGAAUCAGCUAUUGUUUAACAAGGGCUGGAGCCAAAGCUGCCGAUCAGCCUGUGCUCACUGUCUUUGCAUUUGGUCUAAUUGCCAGCCCUGCUGCAGCUAUAUCUUCGUUAACCUUUGAAGAUCUGGUCUUUCCGAGAUUUUAUUCUCUUCUGCUUAUGAUCGUGCUUGGUGUAUCAGCUUUCUUGGCAGAGGUGACAUUGGCUCGUGGACUUCAGCUCGAGAAAACCGGCAAAGCUGUGAAUAUUUUGUAUGUAGAGGCUGCUCUACAACAAUUACUGGGGAUGAGUACGUCAAGAAUAGCUCCAACAUUUGGUAGACUCGUGGGCUGUUUACUUAUCUUCAUUUCGGCAUGUUGUACAAUGUAUAUCGGACCUGAAAAAGAGAUAGAAUGAACCCUCCUAUGUUGUAUCUCAAGUGUGAAUAGAAUGGAGCCGUGGCCAUGCUCUAAUUUGACAUUUUUGGAUGGUUUAUUCGGUCUAGGAUAGUUAGCAAUAUAGUGUUCUUUUAUUUUUUGAUUUUUUUGGGGGGUGAAUUUACGUGUAUGAGGGACUGCUUGCCUUAAGUUCUAGAGCGAAAGUCUUAAAAUCGUAGAGGGAAAAAACGGAGAAUAUUUCCUGGUCUGCAUGGGGACAUGGCCCCUAAAAUUGAAGGAUAUAAACGUUUCAUGUGAGACAAAAUCCGAACCUGCCCUACUAUCCCACAUUUCCCAUGUCUUAUAACGAAAAUAAAUAAAUAAAUCUGUGCCUACUAGCUUUUAAGUUAGUCAGGAAUUUUGAUUGGGACUCAGUUCAAUUGUAACUAAUCAAGGUUGAUGUACGUUACAAAAGCGUUAGUUUUAUUUUUUUUUUGUUCUAAGUCCGAUUAUUCUAUUUUGAUAUCAUAUAGUUCUUCUGUCUUAAAAUUA